AACAUCGUGGCAGUAUCAGGGACAUUUUCCUGCGGGGGUCGCACGCACCGGGUUCCCGUGGGUGACUCGCAAAAGACGGACGAUUGGGAUAUCCACCAGGAGACGCGCGUGCCAACACGCACCGGGCAGGUUUCGGCGUGGACGGAGUCUUUUUGAGUGUCCACGCACAGAUACCGCGUCUCCCACUCCCACCGACCCCCCGCUGACACUGUCACCGUGGAGAGUCCCGCUCCCGUGGAUCACCCGCGGUCACUCCGACACACGCGCCCCCUCACUGGAGCAUGCGGUCCGUGACGGACUGUGUCGGUAUUUCCAGGCGGGUCUGACCGAGGACGGGGUUCGGCUCGGUGCGGCUCAGCUCGACUCCACCAUGUCGGUGGGGAGUCAGUGAAAGACACCUAAACGAAGAGAAGAGAGGGCGAGCGUGACACCGACCCCACUCCCAGUCCCCCCCUCCAAUUCUCCAUCAUGACCUGUGGGAUUCCAGCGGGGCGCGACAUGAUCCUGAUUAACGUCCUCUCUCUGCUGCUUCUGCUGGAUGUGUUGGUGUGUGACCCGGAGCUGGAUCCCCCCAGCUGGAGGGAGCCUCUGGACUGCGUCCGAGCCUCUGAACUGUGCAACCAGAACAGCCAGUGCAGCUCACGCUACCGGAUCAUGCGCCAAUGCCUGUCCGGCGGGGACAAGGAGCGCAGCGCCAUGCUGGCCUCCAAGGAGUGCCAAGGGGCGCUGGAGGUGCUGCAGGACUCGCCACUCUAUGACUGCCGCUGCAAGAGAGGCAUGAAGAAGGAGCUGCAGUGCCUUCAGAACUACUGGAGCAUCCACAUGGGCCUGAGCGAGGAGUCUGGGUUUUACAAGAAGGUGAAGAUAAAGCAGUUUGAGACGGUUUCACCUUGGGUCCUGACGACUAAUUCAGCUUAA